CUGACAGGGCACGGGAAACGGCAGCUUUCCAGUCUCGAAGAAUGCAAUGCCUAUGGAGUACGGAGUACACUGCCAGGUUUUACCAAACCAUAGGCACUAGCAAAGUACAUGCCUACCACCGUCCCUUUGGGCACUUGCAACCAACAAGAUACAUCUUGGUACAGCUCAAGUACGGGACUCGAGACUUCCGCCUUGCUGGACAUGGCGACUUUGUCUUCUGUCCCCUUAAGGCAUACAUGGCGCCUAGCAAGCACGAGAGCUGAGGCAGGCAAGACGUUCAAAGAGAUCACCCUGACCGCUCAAGUCGCUCCCCUCACCGACAACCUCUUCAUCCUGCCACUAGCAAGCGUCGUAACCCGCACCCAGAGUCCCGUCAGCCCGUCUCUUCUCCGUCACCUAUUACCUGGCACCCAUCCCAUCCUGCGCCAUGUGGUAGCAUCGGAGACACGAGGCCCGUCUGGGACUCUGAAUGUUGCCCGGCUGGGAAGCGGCUGGAAGCAGUCGAGAACACCGUCACCACCAUACUUAGUCUGUGUCAUCUCCAGACUCCAGGCACGCUACCCCAUGGCUUGGACGGAUCAACGGCGGUUGAGCUCUCGGAGAAUGCGGGGAAGAAAACCUUCUUCAUCACUUGGCGGCCUACCUCUAGGAUUAUGGGGGUGUGUGUGUGUGUGUGCGUGUGUGGUUGUGUCUGUGGUGUCCCAACCACAGCUAAUGUCCCGAGCUAACAUAGCGCUCGAGUCGUGUCGUCACAAGCGUGUACCUCGUCGUGCUCGUCAAAUGCUUGCAUUCAAUGAAAAAAGAGGCAAAAAGCAGCAGGGCCAUUGGGGAUACAUGCAGGGCUUGGUACCCUCACAUCGGUCUCGGCAUUCAGACCAACUGCCAUCGCUGAUUGCCGUCAUGCGCUCGAUAAUACCCGAUAGAUGACAAUAGGUGCUCGACAAUGUCACAGUGAAGGCCGAGUAAAUACAGGCUGCCAGCCAGUUCAAGGCCCCCUUGUUCCAAAACAAUCACGGCUCAUGGGAAAUGAAGUGAGCAGUGACCAUCUCGGUUCCGCUGGCAGACUGAUGAAGGACACAGCUCGGU